AUGUCCGGAUGCUUGGAUCAGUUCAACUAUAAUUGUGAUAUCGAUUGGGACUCAAAGCGAAAUGCUGUCGCAUCGUGUAUUUCAUCAGCUAUGUUCUUCAUUGGAUGGUGGCUAUUGAUUGACACGGCAGCAAUUUACACUCCGGUCGGUCAAUGGAACAAUGUUUAUAUCAUCGUUACUGUUUGUGGAACUAUUGCGAUGUUCAUGGUGAAUGCUGUUUCAAACAGCCAAGUUCGUGGCGAAUCAAUGAAUGAAAAUAUUUUAGGUACCAAAGGAUCUCGUUUGUGGCUAAUGCUCGGUUUUGUACUUUCAUUUGCAUCGCUAGUUGCUGCUUUAUGGAUUAUGUUCGCGGAUUAUGUAUUGGUAACGGGUGAUCAUCCGAUAUGGCCCGGAGUUGCACUCUUUCUGCAUAAUUUUUUGAUUUUCAUCUCUUCACUUGUCUAUAAAUUUGGUCGAACAGAAGAAUUGUGGGGAUGA